UUUAUAGUUAAGUGCCAACAAAGACACCGUGAUGGAUAACGUAACUGAAAAACUUUUCCAAUGUUUUGGUCAUAAAAAAUUUAAAAGUGAGCUUCAAGAAAGGGCUGUCAGAGCAAUUGCGCGAGGUGUCCAUGAUGUUUAUGUUUCUAUGCCUACUGGUUCUGGAAAAUCACUUUGCUUCCAAUUACCUGCUAUGUUGCAGGACAAUAAAGUUGCUAUAGUAUUUUCACCCUUACUUGCAUUAAUUAAAGAUCAGAUAGACCAUUUGACUAGGUUAAAAAUACAAGCUGAAUCAAUAAAUUCAAAAAUGACGAGUAAAGACAGAGAAAGAGUUUUGAAUGAUUUACAAAGUAUGAAACCAAAUACACGUUUUUUGUAUAUAACUCCAGAACAGGCUGCUACAGUAACAUUUAAAGCACUUUUGGAACAUUUAGUAAAGUACAAGAAAGUAUCAUACAUAAUUGUUGAUGAAGCUCACUGUGUGAGUGAAUGGGGGCAUGAUUUUCGGCCUGAUUAUUUAAAACUUGGAUAUCUACGUGAAAAAUUUAAAAGUAUACCAUGGGUAGCUCUUACUGCAACAGCAAGUACCGAAGUCACUAAAGACAUUUUAGAGAACCUUAAAUUGCUGCAUCCAGUGGCACAGUUCAAGACCCCUAGCUUUAGGCGUAACCUGUUCUAUGAUGUAGUGUACCAAAACUGCAUUGAAGAUGAAGUUGGUGAUUUAGCCGAAUUUCUGAAGAAAUGUUUAAAGGAUGAUGAUAAUGUAAAGGCAAGAGACAAAAAUUCAGUUAUUGUAUAUUGUCGGACUCGUGAACAAACAGAGGACAUUGCUAGGAUGUUGUGUAAUAAAGGAGUCAAAUCAUUAGCCUAUCAUGGUGGAUUAAAGGGUUCAGAACGGGUGUCAGUGCAAGAACAAUGGUUCAAUGGUGAAUUUCCUUGUGUAUGUGCGACUGUUUCAUUUGGUAUGGGUGUUGACAAAGCAUCUGUACGCGCUGUCGUUCAUUGGGGUCUACCACAAAAUGUUGCAGCCUAUUAUCAAGAGUCAGGGAGGGCUGGUAGAGACGGCAAACCGGCAUUUUGUCGCAUCUACUACUGCCGAAGUGAACGCAAUGCCGUCGACUUUUUACUCAAAUCUGAGAUAUCCCGUUCAAAGACUCCUGAACAAAAACAACGAUGUAAAAAUGCGUACAAGAGUUUCGAGAUUAUGGUCAAAUACUGUGAAGAUGUUGGGUGUCGCCACAAAACAUUCGCGGAUUAUUUCGGCGAAGAACCACCGCGGUGCGGUACGCGAUGCGACGCGUGCACAGACGCACGCGCCGUACGACGUGCCCUCGAACAACACAUGCGAAGAGCCAUGAGCGCCACGCUGCACCGUGCGGGCUUUGUCUCUCACGAUGACUCAUCCGACCUCUAUGGACAGGGGAGAGACGGUCAGAAGAGGGAAAUAGAAUCAUACUACGGUGAUGGUGGUGAUGACUCCGACGGUGAAAGCAGUAGACGUCGAGUUGCCGAUGAGACACGUUCCCUUAUUAUGCAUGAGUUUGCUCAAAGAAAGAAAUCUAUCGAAAAGGACAAAAAGUCAAAUGAUUCUGAAUCUGCUAAAUACUCAAAAUGCAAAGCCGCUGAUAGUACAAGCACAAAAGUAAAUGGAUUGACAGUAGCAAGCAGAGAAAGUUACUUAUCCCUCCUAAAAAAUGCUCUUAGUGAGAAUUUAGCGUCGUUGAAAGACGUAGAUGAACCCAUAAAACCAUUAUCAAAGAGUAACGUAGAACAAUGCGCUAUCGAGAUGGAAUAUGAGGCCUUUUCCAGCAGUACGGUCAUAAGCUUGUAUAGACGAGCGAUGACUAAACUGAUUGCAACAGUAAAAGCAUCUAAAGACAGUCUUUACUCUCGUCUUAAAACGUUUGAGCCUAAAAAACGGGAAAUUCUCGGCGAGUUUGUACAGGACUUUGAAAAGAAGAAGCAAGGGGAAUCUCAUAAAUCGCAUGGGUUUAUUACUGCCUCUCAGUUAGAAGGACAAAUAGAGGAGAAAAAUGGAGCUCGAGAACUUUCGAAAGCUGACAGAGAAACAAAACGAAAGGCUAAUUCCUUCAAAAAAGAUCCUCUUACACAAACCAAGCUGAAAAGCUUCUUUACCCCCAAGACGGCGCAAGAGUCUCCAGAAAUCUCCUCAAGCGCUAGUGACGAUGAAGGCGGACUUAUUAUUGAUGAACACUCUAAACCAGACCCUUGUGAAUCAACUCUAAAAUUGGACGAGAUAGAAGAUAAUACAGAUGAUGAUGUCGACAAAACCUUAAAAAUUGAGGAAAUAAGUUCAAGUUCUAAAAAUGACUCUAAUUCGAAAACAUUGGUUAUAAAUAUUACUCUGCAGGGUGUUCGAAGUAAUCGCGCAAACGAAGAAAAGGUAGAACAUGAGCAGGAGGAUACGCACUCAGGGGAUGAAAAUAUAAAAGGUUCCCCUAAUAAAAAGCAUGGCCCAGCAAAAAGAAAAAUUAAAGCCUUAUUUGGUGAAUCAUCCGAUGAGAGCGAAUUAGAUUCAAAUUCCCGUAAAAAACUCAAAGUUUCUAAAGAAAUACACCGAGAUUUCGAGAAACAAAAAGAUGACGUGAAGCAUAAAGAUAAGCAUAAAAGUAAACAUAACGACGUAAAGGAAAAGCAUAAAGAUAAAGACAAACAUCGAGACAAACAGAAGGAAGAAAAGACAAAACCAUCUCGACAGCAGAGCGCAAGUGAAACUGAGAAAAAAAGAAGAAAACACUCAACUAGUAGUAUAAGUUCGGAAAAAGAGCUUGUUAUCGACGAGAGUAAAAAUUCAAGUCAAGAAUCGAAUCAAUCAAGUCAUCUUGCAACAAAAUCACCCGAGAAAUCGAAACGACAUCACCAUCGCAAAAGAAGUGAAACAGAAAAGAAACCCAGAAAUAAUUCUGUAAGCAGUGUUAACUGGGAAAAGGAACUUGUCAUAAACGAAUCGAAAUGUACAGAAGCCAACACUAACUCUGCAGAUGAAACAUUGGUACUCGAUAAUCAAGAAGAAGACCCAACAGCGUCUUCAAGUAGACAGCGAGACGACAUCACUGAAACUAUAGCGGAGGACGAUAAAAAUACUGAUAAUAACGAAGAAACUGUUUCUAACAAGGAAUGUUCUACCCGCGGAAUUGUUACAAAGUUCGAUGAGAAAUCGCUUACUGAAGCACAUAAAUUGAGCGUUGAAGCAGAUAAAGUUUUAAAAGAACUUCAACAAUUUGCUGAAUUAAAACCAGAACCAGCGUUGCCUGAGAUCAAGGAAGAGAAACCUGCUACCAGUGAGACCAAAUCUUCGUUUGAGAUAACAUCCAAUAAAAGUAAAUCUCCUCAAAAGAGCAGUAAAUCUCAAAAAGAUAUUAACAUUUCAAUAAAAAAACCUGAGGACCGCCAUAAAUCGAGAACAAAUGAAAGAGAAAAAGAUGUAACAAAACAUCACACAAAGCGGAAAAAAGAAAAGAAAAGUGACAAAGUAGACGUAGCUGGAUUAGUUGUAAAAUUAUUGAUGCCUUACUAUAAGAAAAAUAAAAUAAGCAAUAGAGAGUUAUUUAAAAUUACAGCGCGACAUAUCGUUCACCAACUUCUUGCAAUUCAAGUCACAGAGGAAGCCGCUAUUAGUAUGUUACUGAAGAAGACGUUUAGCAAGAACAUCACAAUACAAACAGAAACGGAUUUAAAUACUAAGUUAAAUCUAAGCAAAGAACUUUAAUAAUUUUGUUGUUGUAUUUGUUACAAAUUCGUUUUAAGUUUAUUUAUACAUAAUAUCUAUUCUUGUAUGCCUUUUAAUAAAACCCUUUUUGAUGUGA